UCCAGGGUUGAGGCAGGAGCACAUUUCUAUUUUAGCAGAGACUCAGGGAAGGCUGGUAUAUGGAGAAAGAUGUCAGAACAGUAGUGUUGUGUGCGGGGUAGGUUUGUUAGAACAACUGUCAAAGACCGAUUUUGUAAGAGACAGACAGAACAUCUGCAAGUACAAUGCUGUUCCUGCAACUUGUGCUGCUGGUGGUUCUCCUCCCAGAUGGUGACAGUGAAGAUGGUGAGAACUCUGACCUUAUUCAACUUCCAGGAGCCGAUCUGUAUCCGAAUCAUCCUGACCACAUCCUUUUACAACCACUCCUGGAUGCAAAGUCAAGGCUCAGCUUGGCUGAAUGAGUUGCAGACUCAUGCCUGGAACAACAAGACUGGAGCUUUCAUUUUCCUUCAGUGUUGGCCUAAGGGCAAAUUUUGCAACAAGGAGCUGAUGGAAGUAGAUGAAUUAUUCUCAUCAUACUACACUGGAUUUCCUCUAAAAUUUCAUGACCAUGGCAGCCAAUGGCAGCUUGAAUAUCCCUUUCAGGUACAGCUGAUAAUAGGUUGUGAACUGCACUUUGGAGAAGCAUCAGUAGGCUUCAUGAGGAUUGCUUAUCAAGGAUCAGAACUUGUGAGUUUCUGGAACAUGACAUGGUGGCCAUCUCCAACAGGAGGAAGUAGGGCUCAACAGGUCUGCAGACUACUCAAUCAGGACCAUGAAGACAAUGAAUUAAUGCAUACGUUCAUCAUAGACUACUGUCCUCUUUACCUCUCAAGUCUUCUUGAUGCAGGGAAGGCAGAUCUCCAACGAAAAGUGAGGCCAGAGGCCUGGCUGUCCGCUGGCCCCAGUCCUGGUCCUGGUCAUCUCUUGCUGGUGUGCCAUGUCUCUGGCUUCUACCCAAAGCCUGUGUGGGUGAUGUGGAUGCGGGGUGAGCAGGAGCAACAGGGGACUCAGCGAGGUGAUGUUCUGCCCCAUGCUGAUGGGACAUGGUAUCUUCAGGUGUCCUUGGAUGUGAAAACCAGGGAAGCAGCUGAUCUGUUGUGCCGGGUGAGACGCAGCAGUCUAGGAGGCCAGGACUUGGUCCUCUACUGGGAGCAGUCACACACCACAGCCUUGGACUUCCUGGUGGUGAUAAUGCCCCUGGUGCUUCUGGCAGGUCUGACGUUGUGGCUCUGCAGGCACUGGAAAACACACUGGAGACUUCAGUGCACUGGCUUCCCUUCUGAGCAAGAUCCCAGUAGCCCAGGCUCUGGUAUGUACCUAAACCCUACUCAUCAGUGAUACCCUGGCAACUCUCUGUGUGAAACUUUGUCUUUCAUUUCUGCUUAAUGAUCAGUUGUCAAUAUAAGCUCCAUGUAAUUUAGCAGGAUUUGUUGUUCUGACUUAGUUCUACAGUCAAAAUUUGACUCAGUGUAAAAUGAAGUCUCAGCACUUUCAUUGGUCACAGGCAUCAGAUGUCACUUCUUCUAGUGAGCUCUUUCUGAAUCAGUAGUGGAAGCAGUUUCAGCCUGGUGAGAAUUUCCACCACUUAAGCCUGCACUUUGGCUAAUCUAUUCCUGACCCCCAGUCCUUGUUGACCCAUUAGGUCCCUUUUGCCUUUUAAGUCUUAAGGUUCUUUACAGCAAAGACCAUAUCUUUUUAAUAUUUGUAUCCUUGAUGGGGAGUGUCACCUGCAUGAAAUAUGUCCCUAAAGAAAACCAGGUGGUGGGUAUUGGUUGGGGGGCACAGAUUGCAUGGAGUACUGGGUGUGGUGCAAAAACAAUGAAU